GGCGCGGAUACCCAGCAGCUUCCGGUCUUGCGCGCUCAGGCCGGGCAACGUCCGCGCGUUGUUUUUGGGUCCUGAACUCCGGAAGGGAAACUGUGUUGUACCCUUUUACGUGAGGCGGUGGCGGCGGUUCGGAAGUCGUCUGGCCUCCCCGCGGCCGCUCGCAGCUUGCUGGCCUCUCCCGCGCCUCACGUCGGACUCCGUCUCCGCGGCAGGGAAGCAGCAUGGAAGCUGAGGACAUCCAGGAGGAGUUGACCUGCCCCAUCUGCCUGGACUAUUUCCAGGACCCGGUGUCCAUCGAGUGCGGCCACAACUUCUGCCGCGGCUGCCUGCACCGCAGCUGGGCGCCGGGCGGCGGCCCGUUCCCCUGCCCCGAAUGUCGGCACCCAUCGGCUCCCGCCGCGCUGCGACCCAACUGGGCCCUGGCCAGGCUGACUGAGAAGACGCAGCGCCGGCGCCUGGGCCCCGUGCCCCCGGGCCUGUGCGGCCGCCACUGGGAGCCGCUGCGGCUCUUCUGCGAGGACGACCAGCGGCCAGUGUGCCUGGUGUGCAGGGAGUCCCAGGAGCACCAGACUCACGCCAUGGCACCCAUCGACGAGGCCUUCGAGAGCUACCGGGAGAAACUUCUUAAGUCUCAGCGUAAUCUCGUGGCCAAGAUGAAGAAAGUCAUGCAUUUACAGGAUGUAGAAGUGAAGAACGCCACACAGUGGAAGGAUAAGAUAAAGAGUCAGCGAAUGAGAAUCAGCACGGAGUUUUCAAAGCUGCACAACUUCCUGGUUGAAGAAGAGGACCUGUUUCUUCAGAGACUGAACAAAGAAGAAGAAGAGACAAAGAAGAAGCUGAAUGAGAACACGUUAAAACUCAAUCAAACGAUCGCUUCAUUGAAGAAGCUCAUCUUAGAGGUGGGGGAGAAGAGCCAGGCCCCCACCCUGGAGCUGCUUCAGAAUCCAAAAGAAGUGUUGACCAGGAGUGAGAUCCAGGAUGUGAACUAUUCCCUUGAAGCUGUAAAGGUGAAGACAGUGUGCCAGAUACCAUUGAUGAAGGAAAUGCUAAAGCGAUUCCAAGUGGCUGUAAACCUAGCUGAAGACACAGCUCAUCCCAAACUCGUCUUCUCCCAGGAAGGGAGAUACGUGAAAAAUACAGCAUCAGCCAGUUCUUGGCCAGUGUUUUCUUCAGCAUGGAACUACUUUGCUGGAUGGAGGAAUCCUCAGAAGACUGCUUUUGUAGAGAGAUUUCAGCACUUACCCUGUGUUCUGGGAAAAAACGUUUUCACCUCAGGGAAACAUUACUGGGAAGUUGAGAGUAGAGAUAGUCUGGAGGUUGCCGUUGGGGUGUGUCGGGAGGACGUCAUGGGAAUUACUGAUCGUUCAAAAAUGUCCCCAGAUGUGGGCAUCUGGGCGAUUUAUUGGAGUGCUGCUGGCUAUUGGCCCUUGAUAGGCUUCCCUGGAACUCCCACCCAGCAAGAGCCAGCUCUCCACCGAGUGGGGGUUUACCUGGAUCGUGAGACUGGGAAUGUCUCCUUCUACAGCGCUGUGGACGGAGUGCACCUGCACACCUUUUCUUGUUCUUCUGUCUCACGCCUCCGGCCAUUUUUUUGGUUGAGUCCAUUAGCAUCUUUAGUCAUUCCACCAGUGACUGAUAGGAAAUGAGGCUUUUCUUCCCCUGACCAAAACUCCUUCCCUGUAGUCCAGCUGAGGGACACACAUCCCUGGGCCCUCUUCUGCCCUUCAUGUCUCUAUCCUGGAUGGUCCAUCUUCUGGGUCUCCCUAACUGUACCAUUUGGUAUCUGCCCUUUGUGUGCUUCACAAGAGGCAGUCCCAUGGGAGGUGGGUCUGGCCAAUGGAGAUGGGACAGGAAAUUUUCCAAGAUGCUUUUGGGAAAUCUUUUUGUAGCUUUUAAAGAGAUCUGCGGGGAAGACAUAUGGAUGUUAGCAGCCAUAUUGGAACUGAGAACACAGGAAUGGUGGAAAGGUAGAAGAAACAGAGUUUUUGUUGCCGUUGUGAAAUUGUUGAAAUUUCCUUCAUGCCAAGCUUCUUGUUAUAUGAGAUAAUUAUGCCCUUAUUGUAUAAGACAAUUUUAGUUGUAUUUGGUUACUUGCAGCCUGAAGUACCGUAACUGCACUAAAGGGACGUAGUGUGAACAUCCCACAGUAUAGGCUUAUGUCACUUUUGUGAAAUUUGACAAAGGCAUAGAAUCUUUUUCUAUCCAGUCAGGCAUUGCCUAUUCCUUCCAGUAACUACUGAUUCCCCCACUUUUCUGUCUUAGAAAAUUGUGGGACUCCCCCCUCACUCUGCCUAUGUUGCAUUGUCUAUUCCUUCCAGUAACUACUGAUUCCCCCACUUUUCUGUCUUAGAAAAUUGUGGGAAUCCCCCCUCACUCUGCCUAUGUUGCACUCUCUCUCUUCCCAACCAUGACUCUGCCCUCAGCUAUUAACUGUGCUGUGUAUUUAUCAAGUUGCUAUGUUGUAUGUACAGUGUUAUUCAUGUCAUCAUGAGAAUGUUGGAACGCUUGUUAAAUACCUUUUGCUAGCCUCUUCAUAUGCUGUUGCAUAUGACUGUCAUCACAGCUCAGUGAGAUGGAAAGUCAAAUCCUAUUUGUACAAAUGAGAAAACCGAACUCUUUAGAGUAACUAGCUCAGUAUUGGCUAGCUGGUAAAUGGCAGUGUUGGGAUUAAAAUCCAGAUUUGUCUGAGAUGAAAGCCCAUGUUCUUAUCUACUCUCCCUUUAUUCAGAAGCAUUUAUUGGAUGUUGAUCUUUGUUUCAGGUUUUGAUUUUGUUACUUUUUUAUACUGUGUAUAUUUUCCUCAGUCUACCCUUCUGCUCUAGAUUGUCUGGACUCAGGAGAUUGUGGCAGUUACUGGAUAGUUAUUUUUGAGAUAAUGAUUGCUUUUCUCUGUUUAUAUAAGUCAUGUGUACUUAUUGUAGAAAGUUUGUAAGAUGCAAAAAGUAUAAAAAUUAAAGUUACGCACUACUAACAUUUUAA